UUAGAGCCAUCACCGGAACCGAAGGCCCAGGUUUGCGGAGCGAGUGCAGACACGCAGAGCCCGGCUCUGGACAAUCCCAAGAGCCUCGGUGACUCUUCGCUCCCUUCCUCCAAGUGGAGACCCGCGCCGCCCCUCGGGUCCCUUUCAACUCUCCACCCCUUCCCUAGUUCCGUGCCCACCCUCUAUCCCACCAAGUCCCCAGGUCUCUCCACUGACCUGCAGCCUCCUGUCUCUUCCAUCUGCGGUGACCCCUUCCUCGGGGGCCCGCCAUCAACUCGCGUGCCACCUCCCUGCCUGCGGGACCUCCUGGGUAGUUAGGGCUCACCAGAUCGAGUCCUAGAGACUCUGGGCUUCCGCAGCCGCGAAGUCAGGACCCAAGACACCUGCCCGGGAAAACGGCAGAGGCUGGGCGGGGGCUUGCAGCACCUCUGACACCCGAGGAAGAGAGGGAGGAGAGAGAGAGUGCGUUUCAUCAUCGCCGCCACUUAUAAAAACUUCUGAGAGUUCACUCUCUUGCUCAGUCACCGCGUCGCGCUCCCCAUCGCUUGGCUACUACUGCUGCAGCUCGAAGGUCCCAAGUCCCGCAGAACCUGUCCCCAGCCUGUUGCCUCCGCCUGGGCCGGCCAGGGGACUUUGCCUCCGUCGCGAUGGGGCUCCUGCCCAAACUCGGAGCUCGCCAGGGCAGCGGCACCUCCUCUGUCCCAGCCAGACGCUGCUCCAGCUCGGUCUUCAGCAACAUUAAGGUGUUCGUGCUGUGCCAUGGCCUCCUCCAGCUCUGCCAGCUGCUCUACAGCGCCUACUUCAAGAGCAGCCUCACCACCAUUGAGAAGCGCUUUGGGCUCUCCAGUUCUUCCUCGGGUCUCAUUUCCAGCUUGAACGAGAUCAGCAAUGCCGUCCUCAUCAUCUUUGUCAGCUACUUUGGCAGCCGGGUGAACCGCCCACGGAUGAUCGGCAUAGGGGGUCUCCUCCUGGCGGCAGGUGCCUUUGUCCUCACCCUCCCACACUUCCUGUCAGAGCCCUAUCAGUACACCUCGAUCACCACAGGAAACAGCAGUGGCCUUCAGGCCGACCUUUGCCAGAAGCAUUUGCCGGACCUGUCCCCCAGCAAGUGCCAUAACACCGUGCCAGACACGCAAAAGGAGACCAGCAGCAUGUGGAGCCUGAUGGUGAUUGCUCAGCUGUUGGCCGGCAUUGGGACUGUGCCCAUUCAGCCGUUUGGGAUCUCCUACGUGGAUGACUUUGCAGAACCCACCAACUCCCCUCUGUAUAUCUCCAUCUUAUUUGCUAUCGCUGUGUUUGGACCAGCUUUCGGGUACCUGCUGGGCUCAGUCAUGCUCAGGAUCUUCGUGGACUACGGCAGGGUGGACACUGCGGCUGUGAACUUGAGCCCAGGUGACCCCCGAUGGAUCGGAGCCUGGUGGCUGGGCCUGCUCCUUUCUUCAGGCUUCUUAGUUGUUACUUCUUUGCCCUUUUUUUUCUUCCCUCGAGCAAUGCCCAGAGGAGCAGAGAGAUCUGUUACCUCAGAAGAAACACUGAAGAUGGAGGAGGACAAGUCAAGAGGCUCCCUGAUGGAUUUCAUUAAACGGUUCCCCCGCAUCUUCCUGAGGCUGCUGAUGAACCCACUCUUCAUUCUGGUGGUCCUGGCUCAGUGUACCUUCUCCUCUGUCAUCGCUGGCCUCUCUACGUUCCUCAACAAGUUCCUGGAGAAGCAGUAUGGGGCCUCAGCCGCCUAUGCCAACUUCCUCAUCGGUGCUGUGAACCUUCCUGCUGCGGCCUUGGGGAUGCUGUUUGGAGGAAUCCUCAUGAAACGCUUCGUUUUCUCCCUGCAAACCAUCCCCCGAGUGGCUGCCGCCAUCAUGACCAUCUCCAUGAUCCUCUGCGCCCCUCUCUUCUUCAUGGGAUGUUCCACACCAGCUGUGGCUGAAGUCUACCCCCUCAGCACAUCAAGUUCUAUACAUCCGCAGCCUCCUGCCUGCCGCAGGGAUUGCUCGUGCCCAGAUUCCAUCUUCCACCCAGUCUGCGGAGACAAUGGAGUAGAGUACCUCUCCCCUUGCCACGCUGGCUGCAGCAGCCUCAACCUGACGUCAGCAGCUUCCAAGCAACCGAGCUAUUUGAACUGCAGCUGUGUGACUGGAGGGUCUGCGUCAGCAAAGACAGGAUCCUGCCCGGUGUCCUGUGCACACUUCCUGCUCCCGUCCAUCUUCCUCAUCUCCUUCGUGGCGCUCAUUGCCUGCGUCUCCCACAACCCGCUCUACAUGAUGGUUCUUCGCGUGGUAAACCAGGAUGAAAAGUCAUUUGCCAUUGGGGUCCAGUUCUUGCUGAUGCGCUUGCUGGCCUGGCUGCCAUCUCCGGCCCUGUAUGGUCUCAUCAUCGACUCCUCCUGUAUCCGGUGGAACUACCUGUGCUCAGGGAGACGAGGGGCCUGCUCAUAUUACGACAAUGAUGCUCUCCGAAACAGGUACCUGGGCCUGCAGGUGGUCUACAAGGCCCUGGGCACACUGCUACUCUUCUUCAUCAGCUGGAGGGUGAAGAAGAACAGGGAAUACAGCCUGCAAGAGAAUGCCUCGGGCCUCAUCUGACCCUCAGUCAUGGCUACCCCCGUUUCAGAGACUGGAUCCUACCCCUCCAUACUAGCCUGUAUUAACUGAUGUUAACAUGCCUUUUCCUUUUCUUUCUUCCUUCCUCCCUUUCUUCCUCCUUCCCUCCCUCCCUCCUUCCCUCCCUGCCUUCUUCCCUCCCUCCCUUCCUUUAUUAUUAAGAAAGACAGUCCCGUUUCUCCUUUGCCUCAGCCGCCUCACCCUCCUAAAGUCUACUCAAUGGUUCUUGAGGCCUUUGUGCACUGAACUAAAUGAGCACUGAACUGGAGGGUCCAGUUUUCCAGACUCCUUGGAAGGGGUCCCCCACAUCGGCAGGCUCUCCUCAGCGCUGGGUCCUCCCACGAGACGCCCAUGAGGCAGCCCCUGCUCUCACCAGCCUCUCAGGAAUACUUAAGAAGAGUGAGAAUAGGGGUCUGUGUGUUCUGGGCCAGGCCAGCCAGCUCUCCUCUGCCUGGAGCCAGAGUGAGAAGAGGAGGAGGAGGAGGGGGUUGAUUUCUUAACAAGGAACUGGCUGCAGUACCUUUCCAACUGGAUUCAGUCUAGAGUGGAACUCACCAGGGACUGACCAGGGCCUGGCUCCCUUAGUUUCUUCACUUUCUGCCCUCGAGGCUGAUUUGAAAGCCACCAUUUUGGGAAGUGCAGACCUCUCUCUAUAACCUAUACCCUGGUAUCAGAGCAGGAACUAAGGAACCAGAGACCAGGUCGUUCAAACACUGUUCAUAGGAACCUGAGUCCUCUCUACUCUCUGCCUUUCUGGGGUUCCAUUUCAAUCUGAGAAAGCCACAAGAAGACGACCUAGGGAGGGCCCAGUGUCCCACCCUCACAGUGGAGACAAGACCCUUCACAUUCAGAGACGCGAGAGGCUCUCCCUACCCUUCCCUGGAAUCAGAAGAGUAGCCUCCCAUGGACCCCACUGACUGGACCUCAGCCCGUGUGCAGAGGAGUAAAGGGAGGCCACCUGAGAUGCGGCCAGAGCAAGCGAUGGAGCAGAGUGGAUGUCACCUGUCAUGGUGCUUGAUGCAGCCCACAAAGAGAGCAGCCAGGUUGGCUUGCUUGCAAACACGUCGUGUUCAUUGACGUUUUCUCCACUUCUUCUCACUACCUCUGGGUGGAGUUGGUCACCUUCUGUGGGCCUGGACUGGAGGCCACUACUGCUAUCCAACAGAGGGGCAAAGGCAGAAGCUGAGGAAGGGAGGGUUUUACCAAUGACUCUGUUUAUUGGCUGAGACGGUGCUUAGCAGUGAUACUACAUGGUUCUCCGAGAGUGCCCCUGUCA